AUGUUCUAUGAAAACGCUACGGGAUCGUCUCUGGUGGCAGACAAGGGAUAUUCUGGCACGAUCCGAGUGGCGUUACUACCGGAGAAUUGUACUGUCAACACAGUGUACGACGAGUAUGCGGGAUGCAUGGUGCUGGGCGGCAGCGUGUCGAUGAAUUCACGCACACAGUACUCAUUAAAUUGGCAAGUCGAGGGCAGUACUUGUCAGACUGUGGGUCUACUACACUUUGCAUUGCAACACCAACUUGAGACAUUGACCGGAACAGUUAUUCAGACAACGACGCCAGGUGCGAUCGUUUUAAAUUCGGCUACGCGCGGGCGUAUGGUGGGUCAGGUUAGGACAAAUCCAUCGUGGGUGUUUCAUGAACCAGAGGCAAAUUUUGAGAUCGACUUCUACCCUCCUCAUAGGCCGUCGCCGUGGAUAGUGGUCAAGACUGACAUGUUGCGUACGCUACAGAGGGAUAUCAUGAGUGACUGGACGGGGUAUGGCGUUAAUUCGUGGUACUUUAACGGAAAGUCGAUCCAGAAAUAUGCGUCACUGUGCUUGAUGGCAUCAGACCCCGCAGUGGUUGGUCCAGAUACGUUGCUGCUGUCAUUCUGUCUAGAAAAGCUUGAGAAAUUGUUCGAACCAAUAUUAAAUAACACGCUUUCCCCGCCGCUCAUGUAUGACACACAUUACGGUGGUCUGAUAUCGAGCUCCAUUUUUCGGACAAGAAAAAUUUACGAAGAAUUUGGCAAUGGCAUCUACAAUGACCAUCACUACCACUACGGCUACUUCGUAGUGGCAGCAGCCAUGUUAAAGCAUCUUGACCCCAACUGGUCUCGCAUGCCAGAACUGGAAACGAUUAUCUGGACAAUGAUGCGAGAUGUCGUUAAUCCAAGCAGGAAAGACAGGUAUUUCCCACCCUUCCGUCAUUUUUCGUGGUAUCUGGCCCAUUCGUACUCACACGGUGUGACAUCAAUUGACAACGGGAAGGACGAGGAGAGUACGUCUGAAGAUAUCAACUUCUAUUACGGCAUGACAAUGUGGGGCAAAGUGACGGGUAAGAGUGCUGUAGAGGAUCUUGGAAGUCUGAUGCUUCGACUGAAUGCUCACGCAAUUCGAUCGUACUUUUUGCUUAAGCUGGACAAUGUCGUUCACCCACCCGAGAUUGUUCGCAAUCACGUCACGGGCAUCUUCUUUGACAACCAGGUGUAUUAUAACACUUGGUUUCUUGACGAGGUUUAUGCGAUCCAUGGCAUUCAAAUGAUACCCGUGUCGCCUGUGAAUGAGCUCGCACGCACGUCGACGUUUGUGGAGCAGGAGUGGAACAACAUCCUAUCAAAGCUGCCCAUCAUUACUGGGAGGAGUAGCAACAUUUCGUGGCUGUCAUUGCUUCUCGUCAAUGCUGCCACAAUCAAUCCGAUGGAGUCAUUACGCAGGCUACCGAAUGCGACCAUGGACGAUGGUCUAUCGCUGUCAUGGGCCUUGUACAACGCGGCUACUCGCUGCCGAGAUCAUGGGAAGGUCAAUGCGUCCGAAGAAGGCAAGUUGACAAUCGUGACAUCCUGA